AGUGUGACUGAGCUGAGAUCACUCAGAGAAAUCCACAGAGGACGAGGCAUAAAAAGGUAAAAAGUCAAUGGUUUAUGCUGUAAAAAGUGUUGGUUUUCCUGCUGCUUUCAUUACAGAUUUCACUGCAGUUGAAUCGACUGAACUUUUUCAUUCUUUGUGUUAUUAUUUUAAGCUCUGAAUGGUGGAUUUUGUCCAUUGUAUGGAAAGUCUGGCUGCUUUUGUUAACUGAAGAUGUUUGUCUUCAUCUGGUUAACUCAGCUGCUCCUUGUUGGAGGCAACAAUGCAGAUUCAGGUAUGCUUGUCUGUUAUUAUCUUGUUCAUAAAACAACAUGUUUCCAGUUAUAGAGAUAGGCGUAAAAUAAAGUGUUACCAAAAAGUUUGGCUAACCACAGCUUUUUUACAUUUCUGAUGACAGAAUGUAUUUUAAAAAACAGAGAGCUGAACUAUUUGUAAAAACUACUAUCCGUGUUUUACUAUUUAUUGAAUGUCAUACCUGAUUUUGGUAUCUCACUGUUUUUUUUACAGGUGCACCACUGAAAAGAUUCUGUCAAGAUAACCUCUGUAUCUCUCUGAGUGAUGGAAACAUAACAGCUCAAGAUGGACUCUGUGUUGUGAUACCAUGUUCUUUCAGUCCUGCUUUUUUACUUUUUCAACCAAGUAUCAACUGGUUCAAAUGUGAACCAUCUAGACCAAGAUGUGGUCCCACAGAUUUGAUAUACAGCUCAGGUAGUGGAAGAGUUCUGCCUGAAUUCAAGGGUAGAGUAAGACAGUUACAGCCUGAUCUGAAUCAGAAGGACUGCAGCAUCAUCAUCAAUGACCUGACUUUGUCAGACUCUGGAUCGUAUCAGCUCAGAGUUGACAGUAGAUUAUUUCCAGGGACGGAAAACACAUUUCUUGCAAGAGCUACUGUUUCUGUUGAAGGUAUGAACAUCUACAGCAACUUUAUGAAGUGACGGUGUUAUUUGUUGUGCAAGUUUACCCCAACAUUGAGGUGUGCCUCUCCCCAACAAAGAAGUAGUUGGUCAAUGUGCAUGAAGUAAAUCACAUCGAUAGACGUUUUUUUAGAUGGUUAACUUAAUAAAUGGAGGAUCAUACUUGGCAUGGACCACAGGGCUGAACCUUUAACGUACACAUCACAAAGCCAUUGCACCAAACAACCCAGUGAGACAAUUAACCAACUAACCAUAAUACAACAAGCUGGAUGCCGAAUAAUCAAAGAGUUAAUGAGUUAAAGAUCCACUCCGAUAAAAUCAUGUUUUUCUUGUUGUUUUCAUGUUCAUAUGGCAUUUUUUCUGAUGCUACAGGACAAAUCAUGAGAAAGGUAAGUGCAAGUUGCAUUUCUGAGUAUUUCUGCAUUCAAAUCGCUGUGAAUCUCUGGCAGACCCAAACAACAGGAUCAGAUUCAGUGAGAUUUCCUAUGUCACAAAUCCAAGCUCCACCCACCAGAGCUGCGCUAUGUAGGUCACACUCAGAAAAGUAGAGAGGACGAUCGCGGAACAAGUGUGUGCAUUAGCAGAGUGCUCGCAAGAAAGCUAAUUAUGAUAUCAACUUUCAUCAUGUCCCUAAAGACAUUAGUGUUUGAGAGCUGAAUAGGUCCUAUGUUACCUGCCACUUCUACGACACCAGCUAUGUUAGGCUACAAGCUAACAUGAAGAGGAGUGUGCAGAACAGCGCUGUCUCCGCCCACGACUCAUUAGAAAAUUGCUAAUUAACUACUGGAGCUCUGCAGAAGAGAAGUCCUUGAAAAAUACUUCAUAAUGACAAUUUAAAGACCACUGAGAACACUUUAAGUGGUAAAAAAAAAAACUAUCGGAGUGGGACUUUAAGGCUGGAAAAGUGUGAAAUAUUGGGGGGGCCUUUGUGCUGCUGCUCAUUAAUGCUGUUACCUGUUGCACAGGUGUCAUCAGGUUUCAGGUAAAAGCAUCAAAGCUAAGCUUGAGUAUGGAAAAAAAACAGCUGAGCUCAUGGUUGCACUUAAAUCAAGUUAAAAAAUAAAAAAAUUAAUAAAAUUCAAAUAUUAUUUUCUGGAUGCAAGUUCAAAGAGCUCCACCCUAACCCCGCCUCCUACAGAGAGGUGCAGAACCUGUGGUCACUAGCAACGAGGAGCGUGAAAGAAGGGGAGUGUCACCGUGUGGUGACGUGAUUUAUGAAGGUGAUGUUACACUUCUGCCUGUCAUCAGUCGUUAAGAUAUGCAAAGUGCUUUAUGAAUGUUGAGAAAGAGUUACAUACUCAUUUAUAUUUAUAUUUUGUUUUUAUUUUUAUUUUAUUAAUUUCAUCAUUUCUGGUUUGUAUUCUUCUUGUCUGAUCGAUCCUUAUAAGAAAGAGUGUUUUUUUAAUUUCUUAAACUAAGGAAAAAAAGAACCACAAGAAGGUUUAUUCUUGUUUGUUAAAUAUUUGUUUAGUUUUAUUUUUACCUCUCCAAAUAUACUGGAAUUGGAAUCAAUAAGAACGAGAAUCUGAACCAGAAUUGAUCUGAACCAGCUGAUGUACAAAAUCUCUUUUCUAUGAACAUGUUUGGAAAAGUUUUCUUCCAACAAAUGAAGUCCAUAUAGCUUGAUUUGAUCGCUUUGUUUGGUUGUUUUCUAACAGUGCGAUAACUACAACCACCUGACCAGCCACCUAACGCAGGUUGGCCAUACGUCCUCUUUUACCCGGACUUGUCCUCUUUUUUGGGGGCUGUCCCUGUUUUUCCAGCUUUGUUCGGGGAAGUUUAUAAAAUCGAUUUCGAUUUUCUGUCAUGUGGACUUACUGAGUUAGAGGUGUGUAAAAGACACUCGAUCUGAUCCGAAAAACUCUCAAAAUUAACUCUGUGACUCCGCCCACGUGUAGUCGUGUCUUCUCUUUUUGGGUCACCCUAACCUAACAUUACAUUUGCAGAUGGCCCUUAACUGUAAUGGUUACAAAUACUGGAAACUAUUUUGUUUAAAAUACAUAAUAUCUUAAUUUAAGUGACAGUAAUCUCUGCUGAUUGCGGGUUUGGUAUAGAACUUGUUAAAUGACUUAGCAAAGCCAGCUGAGGUCAAAGACAAUAAAGACGAUAGUUUACAGUGUUGGAGUUGGUUUAAGCCUCACUCCUGCCUUGUAACCACACUGCCCUAACCAGGCCAAGCUACACUGACUGUGAAUCUUGGAUGUUAAUUAAAACCGCUCACCUGUUUCUCAUGCAUUGCUCUUCCAUCAGCUCUGACCCGGAAGCCCACAGUGAUGAUUCCUCCUCUGACAAACGGACAGCAGACCACACUGAGCUGCACUGCUCCAGGUCUCUGCUCUGGAUCUGCUCCUCAGAUCACCUGGAAAUGGAGUGGAGAAAAAGAGAACUAUACUUUUAUUUCAGGAAAGAACACCGCUUUUGAGACUGAACAUUUGAGCACUGUAUCAAAAAGACACAGCUCGACUUUAACCCUUAACCCUUCAUUCACCCGACACCACAACACUGAGAUCACCUGCAGGGUUACUUAUAAAAACAAUAUCACUACAGAGGAGACGGUGACUCUGAAAGUGAGCUGUGAGUAUGCUGCCCACAUGGAAGCAUCUAUUUCUUGCAUGACUUACAGGGAGCCAGAAGUAACUCAGUAUUCUUCUGCAUGUGUAUCCACAGCGUAUCCGACGAUCCUAACCAGCUCAAAAUGUGAAGUUUGGUCUGAGGUUCUGACCUGUGCCUGUAUCAGCGAGGGGUUCCCUUUACCCACCAUCAAAUGGCCGCUGUUGGAGAACCACACCCAGUUCUCAGUUCUUAACACUGCGGCGAACCGCACGAUACACAGCACCUUUACCCUGACUGUAAAAGAUCACAGCAACACCGUGGUCGAGUGUGUCAGCAGAAAUGAAGUUGGGGAGGUGAAACAGAGCCUCGCCAUCAGAGCUUCAGAGAGACAAGAAGGUGAGUGAACACUGGACCAGUCAGUAACAGCAGUCAGAAGGUAUCAUCAUAGACCUCUUUAUUCUACGCAUGUCCCAGCAAAAAAUACAAAUCACUGCUAAUAGGUAUCUUCAGCAGCUUCUCUGUGACAGGAUCUUCUCCCAGGUUAAAGGAUUUGGGGGUUACUGAUCACCUUUUCAACCACAGGGACCAAAGCUCCAAUUAUGACCCUUGUGUUUCAUUUUUGCCUGUCAUAAAGUCUGUGCUGGAAGGACAGCACUCCAUGAUAGAGAUGUGUUGGCCGCUAACAUUUUAGCUCUAAGAGCUGGCUUUUCAAUUUUAACAACAUGAGCCAGCUCCAGUCUGAGGGGUUGGUUUCCUUUUCUUCUUCUAGUUUGUAUUUCAGCUCAACCGAGAUUGAGCUUCUUGUAUUUCUAGCAAGUCCCUCCAUAUAUCAGAAUCCAGCUUGGAUCACAUGAACUUGUGCCCAGUAAACUAACCAUAAAGGUUCAUGUGGCCUCGAAUGCUCAGUUGUUGCCCUCUAUAACAUCAGGGGGAUCAGACCCAUCCUGGCAGAGCACACAGCAUAGCUCCUGGUCCAAGAUCUCAUAAUGUUCCAAAUCAACUACUGCAACUCCUCAAUGGCAGGCCUCCCCGCAUGCAGAGUCAGACCUCUGCAGAUGAUCCAAAAUGCAGCAGCCCGUCUGUUUUUUAACCAAAUCAAAGCAGCAAAUGUCACUACGAUGUUCUGGCUCCCAGUAGCAGCUCGUAUCAAAUAUAAACUUCUACUUCUUGCCUACAAGACCGCAGCUAAAUCAGUUCCUUUGAUUUGAAGUCUCUAAUACAGGCCUCCACUCUUUAACACCAGUUACGCUUUGCCAAUAACAGGCGCCUGGAGCUUUAUAUACCACAUGACAGCACUACAUCCAAUCGCACUCACCGCCGCUUCUGCUCAUAUUGUUUCCUCUAGUCUGGAUCUUUGCUUGUGUUGUAUUUGCUCUAAAAAGGUUUGUCACCUGGCAUGGCAUGAACUGACCGAAUGCUGUGCCAAUGUGUGUGCCAUGUGACCAAUGUGAUGUAUAUGAGGGGUGACGAGGGUGUCCAGGAGACUGGUACUUGAUGGUAUACUAUCAAAGUUUUCUAACACCAUGUAAAAUAAUGUUAUUCUGUCUGUGGAUGAAAGAAUUCUUUGCUGGCAUGUAGAGUGUUGGAUUUAUCUGAUAGCAGCUCAAAAAAUACUCACUCAAAUAAAAACAGCCUUAGCUGUUAUUUAUGUUUUCGGUAGCAUUGGUUUGUUGUUUGUUUGUCUGUUAGCAACUUUACGGAGAAAGUAACAGACGGAUUGACCUGAAAUUUUCACCAGACAAAAUUCUGGAUACUGUGAUCCAGAACACACAGAAAUAAGGGUGUCGUUGGAAUUUUCAAUGCUGAAAGAUAACCAAUGGGCGGCACAGUGGUGUAGAUAGCACUGUCGCCUCACAACCAGAAGGUCCUGGGUUUGAAUCCCGGUCAGGGCAUUUCUUGUUUAAGGGGGGACAUGAGCUGCUUGGCGGAGGUCUGCGCUCUCCGAGUGCUUUUCUAUUAUUGAAAUAUUUUACAUGUAUUAAGUCUAACAUUCACAGGUAACUCUGUGUAGCUAAUAAGUAAGACACUGAGUCAUAAUCACAGAUAUCACACUGAAACAUUUCUGUAUUUUAGUAACAGAUCAACACGGAGGAAAAGCUCUGCUUCCCUGGGCGGUCGCUGCAGUUUCCCUCCUUUUGAAUGUCAUUUUAAUAGUCGGCGUGGUGAUCCUGUGGUAUGUUACUUCAUCCUCACUUUAUGCUAUAAAGGCCCAUUUAAUGCAUCACAUCACAACAUGUCAUUUUUUUUCUUUUCUCCACAGGAAAAAAAGAAAAACUGUGACAUCAAACCAGGAGGACAGGACUUACAUGUCACUGAAGAAAACAGAGCGAUGUCCAGAGUAUGAUGUUAUCCACCCGUCUCCAAACUAACAAGAGUCAGCUUCCAACGAGUGUGGACAGAGAGAGUUUUUAUUCAAUUAGACUGAUCUGUUGAUAUUUAAACAUGUUUAGGAUGUUAUACAUGUGAUAUCUGUAAGUUAUGAACUGUAAUAUCUUUUAUUGCACUGUGUCGUUCUUUGUAAUUUGCAUUUUUAAAACUUCACUUCUUCACUUCAGCAUCUUGUCUUUUAUAAAGCAUCUAUAAUGUUACUGAAAAUGUACAUCUUUCUUACCAUUUGAAGUUUCACAUCAGGUACUCACUCACUGGUGUGAGCACUAGGGUCAGUGCUCAGUUCAGCCAAAUUUAUAGAGUAACUUUGGAAUAACUAAAUGUGUUACAUCCUGUUUCUCCAUCUUUUGCAAGAACAGUGGGGCCUCCAUUAUUGCAUCAACUUCAACUGUGCCGUGUUGUAAUCCUGUUUUUGCUAAAUUAAAGGUUUUCAAACUCGCACAAACAAA